AUUAAUUUAUUAUACAGACCAGUAAAUAAAUAGCUACUAUUGCUAAAACGCCCCCGUUUUUUAUAUUUUGCCACAGUCAGUGGCAGUCAUUAUCGCGAUAAUACCUUUAUUGUUUUUAGUUAUGUGAUUAAAAUAGAUAUUUUCAGCUCAGAUACGCCUAGUAUGUUUAUGACUUUCAGCUUCAAUUCACGGCUCUUUGGUGACCAUUUAAAAAAUAAUACUUAUUUAACUUGAAUGAAUUAGUAAAAUGAAGAUAUAUAAUAAUUUGAGGGUUGCGGGUAAUAAACCGCUGUAAUGCCAGAUUUAUUUAUUAUUUGAUUCCUCGAACUUUCAAAUUAAUAGGUUGAACGGUGAGAUGGAUUGGACAGCAGUUUAUAACCAAUUCAAACAAACUUGGCUUACCACAAUUCUUAGCUUGAUUUUAUUUUCUGGGGUUACUUACUUCUUGAUAUGGUCUGAGGGUCAAACCAUACGAGGCAACCUAAUUCUGGAAGAACUGGUUUCUGCAGCAGAGAGUAUAGAUGUGCACAAUGGAGAUGAAGCAGAACGCUAUGAAGGCCGGGUAGUACAUAUCGUAGGCCCAUUAAGAGUCCUGGAACCCAUCUCUGAGCCUGAUUACAACAUUCAUGUACAAGCUGUGAAAUUGAGAAAGAGAGUGCAAAUGUACCAAUGGAUAGAGGAAACGACUGAAACUGAAAAUUUUUUGAGUGAGCCAGCUGAAGAAUCUCAGAAAACUUAUUGGUACCAUAAAGACUGGAGAGAUCAUGUGGUUGAGUCAUCCUUAUUUUACAUCAGACCAGGACACCAUAAUCCAGCAUCCAUGCCAAUGUUUAGUGAAACUCAUAUAGCAGAUAAUGUUAAAAUUGGAUGGAUGCAUUUGGGGUUAGAUGUAAAAAGGAAAGUUAACGACUAUUAUGAAAUCUGGUCAGACACAAGACCUGAUCGGAGUGACAUUAAACUUCACUCUGGCUUUUAUUAUCAUGGAAACAGUGCACUCGAACAUGAAAUAGGUGAUCUUCGAAUUCAUUUCUCUUAUGCGGGACGAGAGGAUGACAUUUACACAGCAGUUGGUGUAGUUGAGAGAGGUGUUCUUCAACCAUACAGUCUAGAGAAAUUUCCUACAGCAGACCCAUUGUCAUUAAUGAGAAAGGGCUCAUACAGUCUCAAGCAGUUAUAUGAUGUGGAAAAAAGUGUUGUAAAUACACAUACAUGGAAAUACCGAAUGCUGGGUUUUGUGCAAGUUUUUGCAUCUGCCAUGACACUUCAUCCUGAAUGGCUGACUCUAUUAUUUUUUACAGUUAUGCAAUUUCACUGGAUUUCAAGCAAUUUAAGGAGGUGUACAAGACUUUGGAUCAAUUUGGUUCUAUCAUUUUCAUACACAAUGUUCAUCAUAUCUAUACCAUGGUUGUUCCAUAAGCCAACUUUCGGGGUUAUGGUUCUUGGAGGUGUAGUGUUGCCUAUACUGCAUUACUCCACACUUUUGUCUAGAGACCCACCAGACUCAAUAAGAUACACUCGCUGGGAGGAUCGCUGAUCUGCCUGUGGAAAUUGCUCAAACUGGUUGUUGAAUAUUAAUUUAUGAACUUUUUACACCUAUUGGUUUGUGUCAGUCAUAGUGCACUCUGCAAUUAUUGCAUCCUCUGUCAAUUCAGAGGAUGCAAUAAUUGUCUAUCAACACCUCAUGUAAUUGAUUCAUUGAAUUUUGUAUUUAUGUGCUUACAACAGAAUACUUUGUUUUUAAAAGUUUUAUCAUACAAAUAAGUGAAUAAGUCAAUAAUUGUAUGUUAUAACUGUUAAUCUUUUGAUAUUUUGUGAGUAAGCAUAUUGGAUUGGUUUAUUUAGCAAAGAAAUAUUGGGAGUAGGUUUUAUAGAAAUAACCAGUAAAAUCCUUUAAAGUA